GGUAUAUCUAAGGGUGGCGACAUAUGGUGUAUUCUAUCUACUUUACGUAAAAUCAUGAAUAAUGGAUUACAUUUAAAUAUUUUAUGUCAAACACAAUAAAAAUAAUAUUUAAAAAACCCACCUAUACAUUUCUUCAUAAAUUGGCAGGCUUGGCGAGUACUACUUCGAAUAAAAAUAUCGUCCAAGUUGCAAGACUAUGUCGCUACCUCCUUAAAUAUACAAGAAUUUCCCACUGGUACCUAUUGUUUGACAGGUCGUUGGAAUGCCUAAUUUCUUUUUCAUCUGGCAACCCUGUCGUGGACUCAGCUGAGUUCUGUUUAUAAAUCAAUGACAUUUAUAAAUACGGACCCAAGUUGUCAAAUUUUUAGCGGGACUGACUGGGACGCUAUUGUUUUUCUACUCAUAAUUUUUUAGAAAUAGUGAAUUGGAACAAUUAAGAAUGACUUCUUUUAAAUCAUUAUGUGAAAAGUACUUUGGCUGCAGUAAUUUUUACGAAAUAUUGAAAAUUACAACAGAUGCAUCUGAAAAAGAAAUAAAAAAAGCUUAUCACAGAUUAUCUCUUCUUGUACAUCCCGAUAGAGUAACUGAUGAUGAAAAACAAAUUGCUACAGAAAAAUUCAAGGCUUUGGGUAAAAUUCAUUCAAUUUUGCAAAACCGAGAGAAACGCAAAGUUUAUGAUGAUUGUGGAGAUUUUGAUGAAGAUAUGGAUAAUUCCGUUAGCUGGACAGAUUACUGGCGGAAUAUGUUCAAAAAAAUUGAACUUAAAGAUAUUCAAAAUUAUGAAACUGAAUACCUAGGUUCAGAAACUGAAUUAAGAGACAUAAAAAGAGCUUACGAAGGAAGUAGAGGGAAUAUGGAUACUAUUUUGGAAAUGGUUCCAUUCAGUAACUGUGAUAGUGAGCCAAGAAUUAUAGAAAUUGUUCAAAAAAUGGUUGAUAAUGGAGAAGUUGAAAGUUAUAACACAUUCUUUAAUGAAAGUAGACAAAGAAAACUUAGAAGACGUAAAAAAUGGGAAAAAGAACAUAAAGAAGUUGAAAAAAUUAACAUGGAAGAUCUAGAAAAAGAAAUAGAGAAAAAUAUGAGAAACAGAGUAUCUGACUUCACUGAUUUUGUAUCUAAUCUGGAAGCAAAGUAUGCACCCAAAAAAACUAGAAAAAGUAUUACUGAUGGAAAAGAUGGUGCCAAAAAAAGGAAGACAUCAAAGAAAUAACUUUUUCAUCUAAUUUAAAAGGGGUAG